CAACAUUUCAUGAUGUUUCUGGCGCGGCGAAGUGUCGCUGUGGCCGUGGCGGCCGCGGCGGUGGCACUUGCAGCUUGCCCGACAGCACCUGCUUCUGGACGGAUAUGCAACGGACGCGGCAACUGCACACCUUUGGGCUCAUGCCAGUGCGAUGCAUCUGCCUUCGGCUUUGAUUGCUCCCAGCUGCGCUGCCCAUCGGGGUUGGCGUGGUCAGGGAAUGCAGUGGGCAUCAAUCAGAUCCACGUUCCUGCAGAGUGUUCGAAUCGAGGCACGUGUAGCCGCGACUCAGGCGAAUGCCGUUGCGACCCCGGGUUCACCGGUGCUGCGUGCGACAAGUUGGCAUGUCCAAACCAGUGUUCCAACAACGGACGGUGUGUGUCCAUGUCCCAGCUGGCUCUGCUGCGCAGUCCAUUCGACUACACGUAUGCGACCGUGUGGGACGCUGAGAUGAUCCAAGGCUGCCUCUGCGAUCGUGGUUCAGCUGGCGUGGAUUGCGUCAUGGCCACGUGCCCAAACGGCGACGACCCCAUGACCUUGGCCCAAGUUAACGAAGUCCAAAUUCUGAAAUGCACCGCGACGGCCGGCUUCUUCUUUUUGAAGCUCCGCGGCGAGACCACGUCUGCCCUCGCCAUCUCAACCACGGCCGCGCAAUUGAAAACCAUCUUACAAAAUGUAGCUCCAUUUGGUGCUGUUCGAACUACCUACUCGUUUGGCACGACCUUAUGUGACGCCACGGGCCGCAACGUCGUGUCGAUUGAAUUCACAUCCAACUUUGGCCCUCAACCAGCCAUGCUGGCAGUGACGCUACUGCGCGGCCAAGCAACAUUAACAGGCAACGUUGUCACAGGGGCAGGCGGGGCAGCCAUUGGGACGACUGUGAGUACUCGGGGCACGAAAGAAUACGCCCCUUGCAGCAAUCGUGGGUACUGCAACCCCAAAAUCGGGCAAUGUGCGUGUUACACGUACCCCAUGCCCGGCUUUCGAUCGAGUGACGGCUACGGCAAGGUGGGCCUCCGAGCGGACUGUGGGGCCCCGGACAACACCAACUUUUACGGGGGCCCCAUCAAGGGCUGUCCAGGCUACUUGCCGUGCAGUGGCCAUGGAGCGUGCUCUGGCCCACCAGCUUACACGUGCGCCUGUGCCGUAGGCUGGGUCACUGGAGACUGCUCUAUGCGCGACUGCCCCAAAGGUCUGUCGUGGUUUUCCCUCCCUUUACGAACCAACGAAGCGCAUACAACGAGGACCACAUGCUCGGAGGGCGGCACGUGCGACCCCAUCACGGGCGAAUGCGAAUGCGUACCUCCAUUUGAAGGACCUUCGUGCAACCUCAUGCAAUGUCCCAAAGGCGAUAGCAUCUACGAGUGCAGUGGCCACGGCAAUUGCCUCAAUUUGAUGGCGCUAGCACAGGCCACCCGCACUCGCGACUGGCUGCCCGCUGGGUUUUCCUACGGCUUGGACCCAAACAACCCCACGACGUGGGAUGCGCUCAAGAUCCAGGGCUGUCAGUGCGACCGCGGCUACACAGGCUACGAUUGCAACCAACGAAAAUGCCCGACGGGGGACGACCCACUGACGCUGGGCCAAGUAAACGACGUGCAAAGCGUGCAGUGUGCGGCAUCGGACGCUGGAACGUUUCAGCUGUCUUUCCGCGGGGAAAACUCCCCGCCGAUCCCGUUCAAUGCAGCCCCGACGACUUUGCAAGCUGCAAUCGUUUCCAUGGUCACUGUCACGGACGUUGCCGUGUCGUAUUCCCAGCCUGGGAACGGGGCGUGCGUUGGAGGAAACGUCAUCACAGUCACGUUCAUGCAAGAGUUUGGCAACUUGCCGCGAUUGCAAGUACUGGACCAAAACUUGCGCCUCAAUGGGGUGACCAGGGCCGGGCUCACCCCCAUCGCCACCAAAGUGCAAAAUGGGACGAAAGAAAAUGCCGUGUGUUCGAACCAUGGCACAUGCGACGGGGCCACAGGCGUGUGCACGUGUGGGUUUGGCUUUGCCAGUUCCAACGGUUAUGGCGACCCGGGCCAGCGGGGGGACUGUGGAUUUGUCGUGCCGUGGCAAGUUGUGGUUAGCUAAUUUGCCAAGUCGUCGAUAAAAGGAUACUGUACUAUUGUGAAUUCGCUA